AUGUCUCUCGGAAGAAAAGUCACUCUCAACUCCGGCGCCGAGAUCCCUCAACUGGGUUUCGGUACCUGGCAAUCGGCCCCCGGUCAGGUCGGUGAGGCCGUCUACCAGGCUCUCAAGGCCGGCUACCGUCACCUGGACCUGGCCGUCGUCUACCAGAACCAGCGUGAAGUCGGCGAGGGCCUGAAGCGCGCUUUCAACGAUGUUCCCGGCCUCAAGCGCGAGGACAUCUUCAUCACCUCCAAACUCUGGAACAGCCAGCACCACCCCGACGAUGUCGAAAAAGCUCUGGACGAGUGCCUUGCUGAGCUCGAACUUGACUACCUUGAUCUCUACCUCAUUCACUGGCCCGUGGCCUUCAAGCGCGGCCCUGAGCUCUUCCCCCUCGCCGCCGAGAACGACUGCGCCAUUGACAACGACAUUUCCAUCGUCGAUACCUGGAAGGCCAUGACCAAGCUUCCCAAGGAGAAGGCGCGCUCUGUCGGUGUUUCCAACUUCUCCAUUGACCACCUCGAGGCCCUCGUCCAAGGCACCGGUGUCGUCCCCGCCGCCAACCAGAUCGAACGCCACCCUCUCCUCCAGUCCAACGCUCUGAUCAGAUACUGCGAGCAAAAGAACAUCCACAUCACUGCCUACUCGGCCUUCGGCAACAACAUGGUCGGUGAGCCCCUCCUCAUCACCCGCGACGAAGUCAAAGAAGUCGCCGAGAGCGCCUCCAAGCGUCUAGGCAAGACCGUCUCCCCCUCGCAAGUCAUCCUGGCCUGGUCGCAGACCGGCGGCCACAGCGUCAUCCCCAAGUCCGUCACACCGCACCGCAUCGUCGAGAACUUCCAGGAGAUUGAGCUCACGCCCGAGGAGGUGGAGAAGGUUAGCAAGAUUGGCGAGGCCCCGCGGCGGUACAACACCCCCUACGUUGCCAACUCGCCGCGGUGGAACAUUAAUGUUUUUGGCGAGGCCGAGGAGGAACCGGCUACGUACAAGGUUAAUGUGGGUGUGGGGGCAUAA